AUUUGACGUGAUUUGACGGAUUGUUGUCAUUUAAAAAGAAAAGUGUUAAUUCACGCUGAACUUAUAGAAAUUUUUUAUUCACUUUAUACAGACGUAAUUUUCAGUUAUUACCAAGUUUUCAGGCUUUAAAACAUGAGCUCUAUUGGAACUGGCUAUGAUUUAUCGGCUUCCCAAUUUUCUCCGGAUGGCCGAGUGUUUCAAGUGGAAUAUGCUAUGAAGGCAGUAGAAAACAGUGGCACUGUUAUAGGUUUGAAAGGUACUGAUGGCAUUGUACUUGCUGCAGAAAAACUUAUACUGUCCAAACUACAUGAACCCGGAACUAAUAGAAGAAUUUUUAAUAUCGACAAACAUAUUGGAAUGGCUUUCUCUGGUUUAAUAGCCGAUGCACGUCAGAUAGUAGAAAUAGCAAGAAAGGAAGCUUCAAAUUACAGAAUGCAGUAUGGUGUCAGCAUACCAUUGAAAUAUUUAAAUGACCGUGUUAGCAUGUAUAUGCAUGCAUAUACCCUAUAUAGUGCAGUUAGACCUUAUGGGUGUAGUGUUAUACUUGCUAGCUAUGAAGAAAGCGAGCCAGUAAUGUAUUUAAUUGAUCCAUCAGGUGUGAGUUAUGGUUAUCAUGGAUGUGCCACCGGUAAGGCAAAGCAAUCUGCUAAAACAGAAAUUGAAAAACUAAAAUUAGGAAAUAUGUCUUGUAGAGAUAUUGUCAAAGAAGCUGCAAAAAUAAUAUACUUGGUCCACGAUGAACUGAAAGAUAAAAAUUUUGAGCUGGAAUUGUCAUGGGUGUGCAAAGAAAGCAAUGGUUACCAUGUGAAAGUUCCAGAUUCCGUUUUUGCUGAAGCCGAAAAGGCGGCGAAACAAGCGAUGGAAGCAGACUCGGAAUCUGACACAGAUGAUAUGUAACUUAUUUUGUAUUAGAAUUACUUUUAAUAAAUCAAACGAUAAAAAAUUCAUUUAAA